AUGGGACAGGAGUGGUUCACGGUCCUGGAGCACUACCACAGGUUGAGUGGCACCAUCUCUGACCUCGUCAUGGGGAACUCGUACGGCUUCCGUGUCUUCGCUGAGAACAAGUGCGGCACGGGCAAGGAGGCGACCGUCGCAAAGGGGCAGGUCACUAUCGACAAGAUAGGUAUCGAGUACACACCCCCGGAGUACCCAGCCUUUGACUUCAGCGAGGCUCCCAAGUUCACGGCUCCCCUGAACGAUCACGCGGCGACAGUGGGCUACACCACCAGGCUGCUGUGUGCUGUGCGCGGGACCCCCAAGCCCAAGAUCGAGUGGCUGAAGAACCAGAUGAUCAUAGGCGACGAUCCCAAGUUCCGGCAGAUCAGCAACCAGGGUGUGUGCUCCCUGGAAAUCCGCAAGCCGUGCAGUUUCGACAGCGGGAUCUACACCUGCCGGGCCCGGAACCCCCACGGGGAGGCCGCCGUGGCCUGCAAGCUGGAGGUCAGACGUGAGUCACCGCAGUCGGCCCGUCUCAUUGGACCAGGACGGAAGCCGUCCUCCUUUGAACCUGCUGAACCAACACCGAGUCUGGCCCUGUGA